AUGCAGAAACGUAUUGGUGCACACUUACUCACCUAUCCCUCUCUUAUCUCUUCUGUUCCCAAGCCCAUACAAUACACCCCCUCUUUCUCUCUGCUACUCCAUCUCUUUCUGACUAUAUACAUUAACACUUCACCUUCACAUUUUCCAAUCACCAUAAACAAACUACUUUCUGAACUCUUUUCUUCUUCAUCUUCUAAACUGUUAUCUUUUGGUUCCAUUCAUCACAUUCACACUUCUUCUUUUUUCAUCAAGGUGAGAGAAUAUGGAAGGUGGAAAUGUUCUCAAGCUUUAGGGGGGCAUCAAAAUGCUCACAAGAAAGAGAGGACAGCAGCAAGAAAGGCUAAAAGGGCAGCUAAUGUCCAAUGCAAUUACUCUGCUUCUUUGCUUCCACAGCCUCCAUUACUAUUUGCUCCCUCAAAUCAGAUUGGGAUUCUUAAUCCAUCUCUUUAUAUUACUGCUCAUGCAGCUAAUAUUUGUCAGUUUCAAAGUCAACAGUUUGGAUCUGAUAAUCUUAUGUACUACAGAGCCAACUACAUUAAUCAGAAUCCUUAUUAUCAGUUUGAUCAAGAAGAUGAACAUCAGCAAAGUUUCUUGAAUUCACCAGAAAAGAUGUUUGUGAUGAAUGAGAGUAAUAAGGAUAAAGAUGGUCAAAAGCUUGAUCUUUCACUCCAUUUAUGA